GAAAGCACUUCCUUUUUCGUUUUCGCUUUUUAUCACAAGGCAAAUUCUGCAUAUUCUGUAUCUUUUUCCCUUUAGUCUUCAAAUUCUAUAGUUUAUUGUUUGCUAGAAUUGAAAACUGAAUCUGCAUGAUGAAUUAGCUCACCACUUUCAAAGAGACUCAUUCCGUUUUCAAUUGCCUAACAUGAUUUUCAUGUAUCUAUUGCCGUGUUUCCUUUCAUCUCCAAUGUGUUUUUCCAUUUCCAAACGUGGUUUUAACUAGUCAAAGCUUUUUGUGUCUUCCAAAACACAUUUUUGUCAAUUGAUAUUGAUGGUGUGAGAAACUGUGAUGAUUUGUUCGUUUGUGAAGAACCAAAAUACUCUUGAGGUUUAUAACUUAGCGCAUCGAAAUUUUCACGUUUGUUGCUUCUUGGAGUAAUUUUUAACGUUUUCACAUACAGUUCUGCUUAUCUUUGUUGAUGGAACAGCCUAAAGGGGGUUCUGAAACCAGUUCGGGGUACCAGAUAAUGGUAGAACUAUUCGCUGGUAAGGAUCUUGUUGGUACAAAAUUAAUAGGCAAUCCAGAUCCUUAUGCUGUCAUCACGUGUGGCGAUGACGAAAACAGAUUCAGUUCCAUAAUCCGUGGUUCAAGAAAUCCAGUGUGGGGGGAGGAUUUCAAUUUUUAUGUUCAUGAACUUCCCGUCCAGAUCAAUGUAGCAAUUUAUGACUGGAAAAGCUAUGCUGUAAGUGUCCCUCUUGGUUCAGUGACUGUUCCAGUUGAAAGUGAAGGUUCAACUGGUGCAUGGUGGCAUACUUUGGGAAGUCCAUCAGGGCAGAUUACUUUUCGAAUAAAAACACAAGCUUCUGGAAAUGGUUCCAGGAUAAAUGGUUAUGGAGGAGGUAACCCUCAAACAAGGAUGCCACCCCUGGAAACACAUGGGCUCACUGUUGUCCAUCAAAAGCCAGGGCCUCUUCAAACUAUAUUUGGUCUUCAUCCGAACGAGGUUGUUGAUCAUGAACAUACUUGUGCACUAGAUACAUUAUUCUUGUACCAUGGUCGUAUGUAUAUCUCAGCAAGGCACAUUUGUUUCUCUUCCACUGUAUUUAAAAUGAAGGUGGUUAUUCCAUUUGAAGAUAUAGGCAAGAUUCAAACGAGUGAACAUUUCCUGAUCAAUCCUGCGAUAGCAAUUGUUCUUCGCCCGGGAGCUGGUGGACGUGGUGUCCCUCCUUUAAAAAGUCGUGAUGAUGAUGAUGGUGGCCUUUGUCAUAAUGUUUCAGCUGCCACGUAUAUGUUUGCAUCAUUUGGGGACAGGGAUCGUGUGCUAAAGGAUCUACAGCGUGCACAAAAGAACUUCAAUGAAAUCUUGGAAGUUGAAAAGGAAAAUGCAGUUCCAGAGCUGUGUGCACAUAGCAGUUCUGUCAGAGGAAGUAAGAUACUGGAUAAGGCUCCUGUGGUAAAGCAUGCCAAAAACCGGAAAGAUUCAACCUUUUAUCCAAGGAAUGAAGUUAUUCCUGGGGUAGCUGAGCUGUUUUCUAACUUGUUCAUUGAUGGUCCAAAUUUCCCUGGAAAGAAUAAUUGAGCACGCUAAUUUUGUGGUGUUUGAGAAAGUGCAACAGGCCACAUGACCUGGAUCCUACUCUGAGGUGGGGAAUGCUUUAGAUAUCUUAUCUGGAUAUUCAGCCGUUUUUUUUUCUCUUUUAAUAUGUUUGUGUUCCUGUAAGCUGAUUUGAAUCACUGCAUAUCUAUGAUUUUUAUUAUUCAUUAGUUUAAUAGAGUCACAGAUGAUAUGUGCAGUCAAAAAACUCCUAUUGC